UGAUUCCAUGUUGAUUGGUUGGACAUGAUUCAACUGACGUGGAGAUAAAGAUCGGUAAAUGUAUAAAAAGCAGGAAAAAGAAUAUUUUUUAGGGGUUUGGAAGCUUUUCUUCUUUGUUGAAUCAUCAGACUCCUGGAAGACAGUGUUUGCUUUGUCCGGACGUCCAGAAUGAUGAAACUGAGUGUUUUCCUCCUGCUGCUCCUGCUGGCAACAAGCUCUGCAUAUACUUAUAAAAACUUGGCCCUACGUGGAAAAGCCACUCAGUCAGCGCGUUACGUACACAUAAUGUCAGCUGCCUCCAAUGCAAUUGAUGGAAACCGUGACGCUACCUACUCACACGGAUCGUGCACACAUACUGUAGAAUCGAAUAACCCCUGGUGGAGAGUGGACCUGCUGGAGUCCUACAUCAUCACCUCCGUCAUCAUCACCAACAGAGGAGACUGCUGUGAGCACAGGAUCAACGGGCUGAGGAUCCACAUAGGCAACUCUUUGACCAACAAUGGCUUGGAUAACACAAAGGCUGGUACAAUUGCUGUUGCUGAUGCAGGACAAUCAGUCACUGUGAAUUUCAGCAAUCGUGUGGAGGGACGUUAUGUGACUUUAGCUCUAUCUGGUAUAGGACGGUACCUUACGCUCUGUGAAGUGGAAGUCUACGGGUACCUUCCCCCAACUGAAGAUAAUCUUGCGCCACUCGGAAAAGCCACGCAGUCAUCAGUGCAUUCAAUUGGCAAGGCACUAAAUGCUAUAGAUGGGGAUCAUAACAGCGACUGGGAUAGUGGCUCCUGCACUCACACGAGCAACGACAUCAGCCCCUGGUGGCGACUGGAUCUGGGUAAAACACACAAAGUGUUUACUGUCAAGGUAACCAACAGAAACUCUCUCUCAGAACGACUCAAUGGAGCCGAGAUCCGUAUUGGAGAUUCUCUUGUCAACAACGGCAACAACAACGCCAGGUGUGCUGUGAUCACAAAGAUCCCGGCAGGUGAUGUCACUGCCUUCAGUUGCAACGGGAUGGAUGGCCGCUACGUAAAUAUCGUCAUACCUGAUAGAGAAGAGUUCCUAACUCUGUGUGAGGUUGAGGUUUACGGCUCAAGGCUGGAUUAGGCCUUACAUGUACUAAAAUUUAACAAAAUUCAAGCUUCAGUAUGAUCAGAAAAAAAAACAAGCAGUGAAACAAAGGGACCAAUAUCAACUCAUUUAGUUUCCUCCACAUAAUAAGUCCCAGUACAUUUUUGUACAGUGGGAAGAACAGUGACUGUAUUGUGGUAUUUAAGCAAAACGUGUUUAAAUGUUAUCUCAUGUUCUAAUAUGUGAGUUUCUCAGGCCACCACUUUGCACAUAAAUAUUACAAUUCAUUAACAAAUAAUUUAUAAUGCACUAUAAGGAGCACAUUCAGACACAUUCUGCCAUUAAAAACAUUGUCUCUUCCCACCACUGAUUCAACUCAAGUAAUGAAAUAUUCUGGUCGCAUUACUGCAUACCUGCAACAUCAGCCAGCCUAGAUUAUAUCUGAUGUCUGACCGUGUUUCAGUUCCAAACGAUAUUGUUGAGUUUAAAUACCGAACUUUUGAUGUACUAUCACUAUGCCUGCUGCAGGAUUAAUCUCUGUUUUUAACCAGCAUUAAAAUAAUAUUACAUCA